UCCUCAGCCCGCUCAACACUGUGCGUUGUUGACGUGUCUGCCUGAGAAAGGGAUCUUCCCCAUGGAUCAUGGCGUUGAUGUUUACAGGACAUUUCCUAUUUCUGAUAUUGCUGGUGUUUGGUUUGUCUACUUGUGAAGAGUCUGUGGGUAAUUACUCUGAAUGGGCAGUCUUCACCAAGAAUAUAGAUGAGUUUACACAGAGAGUGAAAGACUUCAGGCCCCACCAAAAGCCCAGGAGAAAUCUACUUCAUCCAAACUUAUAUUUUGAUGCCGGAGAAGUCCAGGCGAUGAGACAAAAGUCGCGCACAAGUCAUUUGCAUCUUUUCCGAGUGAUCCGAAGCGCGGUGACCGCCAUGCUAGCCAACCCCACGUAUUACCUACCUCCACCCAAGCACGCUGACUUCACUGCCAAGUGGAACGAAAUCUACGGUAACAAUCUGCCUCCUCUAGCUCUGUACUGUCUGCUGUGCCCUGAAGAUAAGGGUGCCUUUGACUUUGCCUUGGAGUACAUGGACAGGAUGGCUGGCUACAAGGACUGGCUGGUGGAGAAUGCCCCGGGAGAUGAGGUUCCAGUUGGCCAUUCCUUAACAGGCUUUGCCACUGCCUUUGACUUUUUAUACAACCUAUUUGAUAAUCAUCGGAGACAAAGAUACCUGGAAAAGAUAUGGAUGGUGACCGAAGAAAUGUAUGAAUACUCUAAGGUUCGGUCCUGGGGAAAACAACUCCUCCACAACCACCAAGCUACUAAUAUGAUAGCGUUACUCACCGGAGCCUUGGUGACCGGGAUGGAUAAAGGAUCUCAAGCAAACCUCUGGAAGCAGGUGGUGGUAGAUGUGAUGGAAAAGACCAUGUUUCUCUUGAAUCACGUCGUCGAUGGCUCUUUGGAUGAGGGCGUGGCUUAUGGGAGCUACACAGCCAAGUCUAUCACCCAGUAUGUGUUUCUGGCGCAGCGCCACUUUAAUAUAAACAACUUGGAUAAUAACUGGUUGAAGACACACUUUUGGUUCUAUUAUGCUACCCUUUUGCCAGGUUUCCAAAGAACGGUAGGUAUUGCGGAUUCUAAUUAUAAUUGGUUUUAUGGUCCCGAGAGCCAGCUGGUCUUCUUGGAUAAGUUCAUCCUGAGGAAUGGGGCUGGUAAUUGGUUAGCUCAGCAAAUCAGAAAGCACCGGCCUAAAGAUGGACCCAUGGUUCCCUCCACUGCCCAGAGGUGGAGCACUCUUCACACCGAGUACAUCUGGUAUGACGCCCAGCUCACCCCGCGGCCCCCAGCUGAAUACGGCACUGCCAGAAUGCACACUUUUCCUAACUGGGGUGUGGUCACUUAUGGGGCUGGCCUGCCAAACACACAGACCAACACUUUCGUGUCUUUUAAAUCCGGGAAGCUGGGGGGCCGGGCUGUGUAUGACAUCGUUCACUUCCAGCCCUACUCCUGGAUUGAUGGAUGGAGGAGCUUUAACCCAGGACAUGAACAUCCAGAUCAAAACUCCUUUACCUUUGCCCCCAAUGGGCAAGUAUUUGUUUCUGAAGCUCUGUACGGACCCAAGCUGAGCCACCUUAACAACGUGUUGGUGUUCUCCCCCUCACCCUCCAGCCAGUGCAAUCAGCCCUGGGAAGGACAGCUGGGAGAAUGUGCCCAGUGGCUGAAAUGGACGGGGGAGGAGGUGGGUGACGCAGCUGGGGAAAUUGUCUCUGCCUCUCAGCAUGGGGAGAUGCUGUUUGUCAGCGGGGAAGCCGUCUCGGCUUAUUCUUCAGCCAUGAGGCUGAAGAGUGUGUAUCGUUCGUUGCUUCUCUUGAAUUCUCAGACUCUGCUCGUGGUGGAUCACAUUGAAAGGCAAGAUGCGUCCCCCAUAAAUUCCGUCAGUGCCUUCUUCCAUAAUUUGGAUAUUGACUUUAAGUACAUCCCCUAUCGGUUUAUGAACAGGUACAAUGGAGCCAUGAUGGAUGUGUGGGAUGCACACUACAAGAUGUUUUGGUUUGAUCCGCACGGCAACAGCCCUGUGGCUAGCAUCCUGGAAGCAGAGCAAGCCGCUGAGUUUAAGAAGCGGUGGACUCAGUUUGUAAAUGUCACGUUUCGCAUGGAGUCCACAGUCACGAGAAUUGCCUACAUCUUUUAUGGCCCUUAUGUCAACGUCUCCAGCUGCAGAUUCAUCGAUAAUUCCAAGUCUGGACUUCAGAUUUCCCUCAAUGUCAAUAAUACCGAACACGUCGUUUCCAUUGUCACUGACUACCAUAAUCUGAAGACCAGAUUCAAUUACCUGGGGUUUGGGGGCUUUGCCAAUGUGGCUAAUGAAGGCCAAAUAACCCGAUUUGGUUUGGGCACUCAGGCCAUAGAGAAGCCUGCCACCCACAACAGCGACAUUUUCCCCUUUGGAUUUAAGUUCAAUCUAGCAGCUGGGUUAAUCUUGUGCGUAAGCUUGGUGAUUUUAACCCUUCAGUGGCGGUUUUACCUGUCUUUUAGAAAGCUAAUGCGUUGGGUUCUUGUCCUGGUCAUGGCCUUGUGGUUUAUCGAGCUCCUGGAUGUGUGGAGCACCUGCACUCAGCCCAUCUGUGCGAGAUGGACGCGGGCAGAGGCCCAGGUGAGCGAGAAGGACGCAUCUUCACAAGGCCCCCACGUCCCUCUUCCCGAUGUCCUCAUCGCCUCACUCCCAGGCUCAGGAGCUGAGAUUCUCAAGCAGCUGUUUUUCAACAGCAGUGAUUUUCUUUACAUCCGAGUUCCGACCGCUUACAUCGAUAUCCCCGAAACCGACUUGGAAGUGGACUCCUUUGUGGAUGCUUGCGAAUGGAAGGUGUCGGAUAUCCAGGGCGGGCGUUUCCGUUUACUCCGCGGCUGGUUGCAGUCUUUAGUCCUGGACACAAAACUACACUUGCAGAACAUCCAUCUGCAUGAACCCAGUAAAGGCAGACCGGCCCAGUAUUCCCCAAUGAGUAAGGACAAGAAAAGAAAACCGAAAAGGAGAGAGUCCUUGCCAGAACAAAGAAGUAGAAUGAAAGGCACCUUUGACCGGGAAGCUGAAUAUAUUAGAGCUUUGAGAAGACAUCUGGUCUAUUACCCAGGUGCACGGCCUGUGCUCAGUUUAAGUAGUGGGAGCUGGACAUUAAAACUCCAUUUUUUUCAGGAAGUUCUGGGGUCUUCGAUGAGGGCCUUAUACGUCGUGAGAGACCCUCGGGCAUGGAUUUAUUCCAUGCUGUACAGCAGUAAACCAAGUCUUUACACGUUGAAGAAUGUCCCAGAACACUUGGCCAAGCUGAUAAAAGGCAAAUGCAACUUGAAUUCAGGGUAUGCUUUUGAGUAUGAGCCCUUGAAGAAGGAAUUAGCAAAACCCAAAGCCAACAUGGUCUCCGUAUUGUCUCAUUUGUGGCUGGCAAACACAGCAGCAGCCUUGAGAAUAAAUGCAGAUUUGCUUCCUGCCAACUACCAGCUGGUCAAGUUUGAAGAUAUUGUGCUUUCUCCUCAGAAGACUACUGAAAGGAUUUUUGCAUUCCUUGGAAUUCCUUUGUCUCCUGCUACUUUAAACCAAAUAUUGUUUGCCACUUCCACGAACCUGUUUUACCUUCCUUACGAAGGGGAGAUAUCACCGAUGAAUAUUAAUAUUUGGAAACAGAACGUGCCCAGAGAUGAGAUUAAAUUAAUUGAAAACAUCUGUGGGACACUGAUGGAUCGCCUAGGAUAUCCAAAGUUUAUGGACUGAAAGCUGCAGUGAUGUAGAUAAAAUUAUAUUAUGAGGGAACCCAGGAAAAUGGGAAGCUCUUAAA